AUGACUAAAAUCUCAAUCCGUGUGUAUUUUCCAAAUAAUAAUAUUGGAGCAACUUUAACAGAAAAAGGUGAAUACGGUAAAGCUUUAGAGAAUUAUGAAAGGACACUUGAAAUUCAACUCAAGUUUUUGCCAUCCAAUCAUGCGUCACGAGCAACUACAUAUGAUGAUAUUGGGUUAGCUCACGAUGAAGAGGGAGAAUGCGAUACAGCAUUAGAGACUUGUGAAAGGGCGCUUGAAAUUGAGCUGAAGUCAUUUCCGUCCAAUUGUCCAUCAUUAGUAACGACGUAUAACAAUGUUGGAUUAGCUUUAACAGAAAGAGGGGAAUGCGAUAUAGUAUUAGAGAAUUAUGAAAGCACACUUUAA